CUUUAAUUCUCCUCCGGGGACCACCAAGAGUCUCUCCGUGUUUAUGUCGGUGGGCAUUUAAUCGGUGAUGGUCACUGUUCGCGUCAGCGCUGCGCGAUCAGUCUCGCGGCUCCGCGUUUCUGCGUAAUAUUCCGCUUUUCUCGGGCUCGUUCUCCGGCUAUGCAUCUGCUGUGUUUCUUUGUCCUGCUGCUGUGGAGCGGCCCGGUGCGCAGUUAUUUCCCGGAGGAGCGCUGGAGCCCGGAGUCCGCGUUGCUCGCGCCGCGGGUGCUGCUCGCGCUGGUGUGCCGCAACUCCGCGCACUCUCUCCCGCAGGUCCUCGGCGCCAUCGACCGCCUCAACUACCCCAAAGACCGCAUGGGUGUAUGGGUGGCCACGGAUCAUAACUCCGACAACACUUCCGCUAUCCUGCGGGAAUGGCUGAUCAACGUCCAGAGCUUUUAUCACUAUGUGGAGUGGAGACCACAGGAGGAGCCCAGCGCCUACGAGGACGAGAGUGGGCCAAAGCACUGGACGAAUCUCCGCUACGAGCACGUGAUGAAGCUGCGUCAGGCGGCGCUGGACACGGCCCGAGAGAUGUGGGCCGACUACUUCCUGGUGGUGGACUGUGAUAAUCUGUUGACCAACAGAGACGUGCUGUGGAAGCUGAUGCGCGAGAACAAGACGAUCGUGGCGCCGAUGCUGGAGUCCAGAGCCGCGUACUCAAACUUCUGGUGCGGCAUGACCUCGCAGGGUUAUUACAGGCGUACGCCGGCCUACAUGCCCAUCCGGCGGCAGGAGAGGACGGGCUGCUUCGCUGUACCCAUGGUGCACUCCACGCUCCUGCUGGACCUGAGGAAACAAGCGUCCCGUCAGCUGGCCUUCUUCCCGCCGCACCCCGACUACAGCUGGGCCUUCGAUGACAUCAUCAUCUUCGCCUUCUCCGCGCGGAUGGCAGACGUUCAGAUGUACCUCUGCAACAGAGAGACUUAUGGGUAUUUCCCCGUGCCCCUGCGCUCCCAGAAUACCCUGCAGGACGAGGCGGACAGCUUUCUGCACUCGCAGCUGGAGAUCAUGGUGCGCAAUCCCCCGACGGAGCCGUCCGUCUAUCUCUCUCUUCCUCACAAACAGCCCGAUAAAAUGGGCUUUGAUGAGGUGUUCAUGAUAAACCUGCUGAGACGCUCGGACCGCAGGGAUCGUAUGCUGAGGACUCUCUACGAACAGCAGAUCGAGUGCAAGAUCAUCGCCGCUGUAGAUGGCAAGGCGCUGAACAGCAGUCAGGUGGAGGCGCUGGGGAUCAAGAUGCUCCCCGGAUACAGUGACCCGUAUCACGGCCGGCCGCUCACCAAAGGAGAACUCGGCUGCUUUCUCUCGCACUACAACAUCUGGACAGAGAUCGUGGAUCGAGGACUGAAGACGUCUCUGGUGAUCGAGGACGAUCUGCGCUUCGAGAUUUUCUUCAAGCGGCGCCUGCAGAAUCUGAUGUAUGAGAUCCAGUCUCAGCGGCUAGACUGGGACUUGAUUUACAUCGGACGCAAGCGGAUGCAAGUGGACCGUCCGGAGAAAUCAGUUCCCGGAAUCCAUAACCUGGUGGAGGCGGAUUAUUCGUACUGGACGCUGGGAUACAUGAUCUCGUUACAGGGAGCGCAGAAGCUGCUGCGGGCCGAACCGCUGAAGAAGAUGCUGCCUGUGGACGAGUUCCUGCCCGUCAUGUACAACAAACACCCCAUUGAGGAGUACAUGUCCCACUUCCAGCGACGGGACCUGCGGGCGUUCUCGGCCGAGCCUCUGCUGGUUUACCCCUCGCACUACACCGGCGACCCGGGAUACGUCAGCGACACCGAGACCUCCACCGUCUGGGACAACGAGACCGUCCACACCGACUGGGACCGGGCCAGAUCCCGCAAGAGCCGCGAGCAGGAGGAGCUGAGCAGCGGAGCACAGAACUCAGACGUCCUGCAGUCGCCGCUCGACAGCACGGCGCGAGACGAGCUCUAACACACACACACACACACACGUCCUGCAGUCGCCGCUCGACAGCACGGCUCGAGACGAGCUCUAACACACACACACACACUUCUCCCGGGAGGUUUCAGACACAGGACUGAAGUGAAACAGUGUUUUAUUGGAUGUAGAUUCUCAUGUUCUCCUGAAAUGCUUGACUGGGAGCCGAAACCAUGAGUUUAUUCAUUUGAAAGGGAAUCUCAAGGACAAUCAGUGGAUUAGUUUUAGAUAGUUUGAACCUGAUCUGAGGGGUUUCGUUUAACGCUAGUCCUGGACGAUCCGUUAAAUAUGGAUGAAUACGUGAUUCGUUCCUUUAUUAUCUCACAUGAUUUCAGUGAGCGUGUGUGCAUCCCAGAUUAUGACAUGUUUUUAUCUGAUAGUUUGCUUGCAGACGACUAAUUUAUUGCUUGUUUAGCUCAGUCCUGAUGGACAUUUCCCGAUUCCCGUCAUGUGAACCACACACUCGUGUUUUCCUUUUGUUUUUCGUUUUAUUCUAUUAUUUUCAGUUGCUUUGAGAGAUUUAUAGGGGAAUAGAAAACGAUUAAACUGAAUCAUUUCAAGGCUAUCUAGCAAAGAAACACUUGUGUUGUAAACUAAUGUUUACGUGAUAUUUCAUGUGCUAAUAAGAUUUAUCUGAGUGAAAACUCUUCCGUUUUCUUUUACGUGUUCGUCACACCUGUACGUAACCUGAAUGUGCCUUUUAUACCAAAGAAUAAAGUAUGUUACU